AUGCUUUUACUACGCUUGUUAACAUUUGGCUUUGGCCUUCUCCUCUGCGCUGUUGCGGAUAAUAUUUCUGUGCCAAAUGUUGACAUCACCUUUCAUAAGUCGCCCAAGCCAUUUGAAAUCCACGUUGAUCGGCAUUUCAUCGAGGACACUCGGCAGCGCGUUGCAAACGCAAGGGCUCCUUUGUUUAUAGGCGCAAGAGGUGACGGGCCGAGUACUGAAAUUUUCUCUACCGUUCGGGAUUUCUGGGUUAAUGAGUAUAACUGGACCGCAACUGAAGAGUCUAUCAACCAGAAGCUAGAACAGUUCACGACCAUUGUGGAACCGGUAAUUGAUAAUGCUAGUUAUCUAGUGCCGUUACACUUUGUUCAUCACCGUUCACACCGGAACGACGCUAUCCCUCUGUUAUUCAUUCAUGGCUGGCCCGGCUCGUUUCUAGAAGUCAGCAAUAUUAUCGGCAACUUAACAAACCCUCCUAAUGCAUCUUUGCCAGCGUUUCACGUUGUUGCUCCAUCAAUCCCAGGUUUCGGAUUCUCUCCCACACCUCAGAAGCCCGGCUUCGGUCCCGUCGAAACAUCACACGCUUUCAACGAACUGAUGUGCCAGCUCGGUUACUCUAAAUAUGUUAUUCAAGGCGGAGAUUUCGGUGGGGUUAUCCUUCGUUACCAGGCUCAUUUGUUUCCGAAGCACGUCGUCUCGGCGCUCAGCAAUUUCUGGAUCAUUCAGCCCGAAGUAAAUGACAUCCGCAUGCUCGCAGAGGGAUUAGCUACACCUGACGAAGUUGCAUACAUCAAUAUUUUGGAGACCUAUAUCAAUCAAGCAUCUGGAUACCGCCUGAUACAAUCCACAGAACCACUCACGCUGGCAUUUAGCAUUACAGACUCUCCAUUGGGCAAUGCGAUGUGGAUGUAUGCUCUAAUGUCAAAGGUCAUCGACCCGGCAAUCAUGGUUUGGACUCCCGAGGAGAUCAUUACUUGGUCAAUGAUGUAUUACAUCCAAGGUCCCUAUGGCAGCAUGCGCUUUUACAAGGAGGUGCUCAGCGAGGGGGGUCUCGCUGCGCUUGACUUUGGCACUCUGCCGCUGGUGGAGGUCCCAGUCGCCAUCAGCCAGUUCCCUUACGAUAUCUCCUUUCGUAUGCCGUUGGAAUGGGCGAAGCGUGGAGGAAAUGUUCUCAGGAGGACUGUAAACACCCAUGGUGGUCACUUUGCCGCCUAUGAGGUGCCUGGCCUGCUACUCAACGAUAUCUGGUCAUGGUUCGGGGAUAGAGAAGUUUCAGGAACAAAAGUGUUUAGACUUUGAUUAACGAAGCAGUCUGAGCGAGCACAGUCACAAAUUGCUUGUAAUUUUAAAGAAG